GGUUCAGCGGUUAGAGAUCUGCCAUAAGCAGAGUGCGCCGUCACCUUCAGCCAUCUUAACCAUGUUGGGUGCCUUGGGACGGUGUUGCAGCGGGUCUCUGCAGGCUCUGAAGCCUGGCUUCAGCUCUCUGAAGACAAUCCCCGGGAGAAAUGCGGCUCUCUAUUCCAGCAGGGGUUAUGCUGCCCCAGCUGCUCAGGCUUCGCUGGCCAAUGGCCGGAUAGUAGCUGUGAUUGGUGCUGUGGUGGAUGUCCAGUUUGAUGAGGGCCUGCCUCCCAUUCUCAAUGCCCUGGAGGUGGCAGGCCGCGAGAGCCGGCUGGUGCUGGAGGUGGCACAGCAUCUCGGUGAAAACACAGUCAGAACCAUCGCCAUGGACGGUACUGAGGGUCUGGUCCGUGGUCAGAAGGUUCUUGACACUGGAGCUCCCAUUCGGAUUCCCGUGGGCCCCGAGACCUUGGGCAGGAUUAUGAAUGUCAUCGGAGAACCCAUUGAUGAGAGGGGUCCAAUUAGUACAAAGCAGACUGCUCCUAUUCAUGCUGAAGCCCCUGAGUUCACUGACAUGAGUGUGGAGCAGGAGAUCCUGGUGACUGGCAUCAAAGUGGUAGAUCUGCUGGCACCCUACGCCAAGGGUGGAAAGAUCGGUCUGUUUGGUGGUGCUGGUGUUGGCAAGACUGUGUUGAUUAUGGAGCUGAUCAACAAUGUGGCGAAGGCUCACGGUGGUUACUCUGUGUUUGCUGGAGUGGGCGAGAGAACCCGCGAAGGAAAUGACUUGUACCAUGAGAUGAUUGAGUCUGGUGUCAUUAACCUGAAGGACACGACCUCAAAGGUGGCACUGGUGUACGGUCAGAUGAACGAGCCUCCAGGUGCUCGUGCGAGAGUUGCCCUGACCGGUUUGACUGUUGCAGAAUACUUCCGCGAUCAGGAGGGACAGGACGUGCUCCUCUUUAUUGACAACAUCUUUAGGUUUACCCAGGCUGGAUCAGAGGUGUCUGCUCUGUUGGGUCGUAUCCCUUCUGCCGUGGGUUACCAGCCAACGCUGGCCACUGAUAUGGGUACAAUGCAGGAGAGAAUCACCACCACUAAGAAAGGCUCCAUCACCUCAGUACAAGCUAUUUAUGUGCCUGCUGAUGACUUGACUGACCCCGCUCCAGCUACCACUUUUGCUCACUUGGAUGCGACAACCGUGCUGUCCCGCGCUAUCGCCGAGCUUGGUAUCUAUCCUGCUGUGGAUCCCCUAGAUUCAACUUCCCGCAUCAUGGACCCCAAUAUUGUUGGUUCUGAACACUACGAUGUUGCCCGUGGUGUGCAGAAAAUUCUUCAGGACUAUAAGUCAUUACAGGACAUCAUUGCUAUCCUUGGUAUGGAUGAAUUGUCUGAGGAGGACAAGUUAACUGUAGCACGUGCACGCAAGAUCCAGCGUUUCCUGUCUCAGCCCUUCCAGGUAGCUGAAGUCUUUACCGGUCAUUUGGGCAAGCUGGUCCCUCUGAAGGAAACAAUCAAAGGCUUUAAGAGCAUUCUAGGAGGUGAAUAUGAUGCCUUGCCAGAACAGGCUUUCUACAUGGUGGGCCCCAUUGAAGAAGUAGUCCAAAAGGCUGAGAAACUGGCCGAGGAACAUGCGUAAACGAUAUCUUUCUGAGGCCGGAAAGUUUUGAGAUGAACAUUUGUACAGUGUAAUUUCUAUUUGAGGAACUUCUAACGUGUCAUGCUAAGUAUGUUUGUUGUGGUUCCAUUUCUCUGGAAGAUUAAAUUUAAAAAAAAAAAAAAAAGUAAAUUUGUGUUGUA